CAUUCAGUCGAGCUUUGAGCGUCGUCGCGGGUGGACUACGUUCGUUUGUCUUUGACGUACGGAAAAGCGUGUUCAUAAUAACUAAUUAAAAUUCACGUGUAAAACCAAUACAGGAUUGUGUUAUUAAAAACUAUAGUGUUAUUCAUGUGAAAACAAACAGUAACUGUGAUAGAAUUAAGAAAUAUUAGUAAUUUAGUUGUAUUUUUAGAAGAACUUUAGAUUAUUUUGGUGAUGACUUGAAAAUCAGUGUUUUUGGAAUGGUUUAGCGUGUUGGGAUCGUCGUUAUGGUGACUGCAUAGUGUUUAUUAGUAACAAUAAGAAGUAAUUGAGAUGGCAAUGGCGGUGGUCAAUGUUUUCAUGUGUUGGUUGGUGUUGUACCAAUUGUCGGCGGUUUCCAGUGAGGCGUCUUCGGAAUCAACAGACUUUGGAUUGACCGAUUCAAAUGAUGGUGACGCAGGAGUGAGAUGUUACUGCAACACUGCUCAAUGCGUGGGUACGGGCUACAUGUGCCGGUCUGCGCGCAGCGGGGGAUGCUACAGCGAGCUGCCCAGGCGCACGCACCACGCAAGGCACGGAUGCCUACAUCAUCUGGCUGAUACGGAAGAAGAAGCGCUGUCCAGAUGCCAGAACUCGCCAGGAUCAGCAGGUCCCCCACCGUCGGCGGAACACUCUCUACUGCUCUGCUGUUUCAGGGACCUCUGUAACCAUGAGGACAGUCCCUUGGCUAGAGCGAGACUCAACCUCACUAGUAAUGAAUUUGAAGGCCAGACAGUAGCGAGCGAGCGAGGAGCGAACUACAACGGCGAGGUGUGGUUCAAAGCGGCCACCAUCGCCGUGCCAGUCUGCGGCGCCCUGAUCCUGUUCCUCCUUGUAGCGGUAGCUGUGAGGCUGCUGAAGGCAGACGCCCUUCUUCACGCUGAUAGGAAGCUUAGAGGCGGCUACAUGUCACCGUUAGCCCAACAUACGUCAGAUGACGUCAAAAAAGUAUGGGUGGGGACGCCAACCGCCCCCCUACUCGUGGCUCCUGGGGGGUGCCUGGUGGCGGUGGAGAGGGCCCAACUAGUCGACAGCCAACAACUCUGUGAUAUCCAACGAUAGAUGGCGCUAGGGAGAAUCUCAAUAGCGGGUUGUGCCGUGAAAUGGAAGGACUUGUAAACUUGUGAACCAAAUGUGAAAUUGCGUAAUGCAAAUGCGUUUUUAAAUGCUAAUGUUGAUAGAGUUCUUUUUUCAAUGUCUUUUGUAGAUAGGUGGUGCGUCAUACUAGAUGGAUCCAGUGUAAGUUGGUCUAGCAUUGUUCUAAUUUUUUGAGCAAUGAAGGGUCAAUUUAUAAUCAAAUAUUAUUUAUUGGGUAAUUUUAAAAGGAGAUAUUUUAUAAUCUGCUUAGUUGUGAAAAAUAAUGGAGGUUGUAUAGUUUGAUGUACCACAGACUAAAAAUAAAUAAGUCAUUACUAAACACAUGCUAGAGUAAACUAUGCUAUCCCUUUCUUUCUGUACUAGCGAGAAAGGGAUAAAUAGACAACCAAGCAUGUGACAAAUAAUGCUUAUUUAUUUUAAACCUUAUGUCUCUACCAUUAAGACAGAACUUUGUAAAAGUAGCUUUUAAAAAUGAAUUUGUUAUUCGACUAAUUUUAAAAAAGGAAUUUUAAUUCUAGAUUUUUGUCUAGUAAACUAUGGAUAAUACAAAUUUGGCUAAAACAUCGACACAAACGGCACAUAACAACCGUGCCAAGCAAAAAUGAACUUUAUUGAAUUGACAAAUUCAUUGUGAUUUCCUCUGUCGAUUAAAAGCCAACAAAGACUGGAAUUGAAUAAUUUACACUAAGAAAAGUCUUGAAUGUUUGAAAAAUAUCAAUAUUGUCAAGGGUUGUGCUUAUAACUGAAUUCGAAAUGUAAUAUAAGGGUGAGUGUAAAUCGGUUUGUAUGUAUGUAUAGAUAUUUAAAAAAAAAUGACUGAUCGCCUGUCGCCACUGUGACUUGCUUAUCAAAUAUACUGCGUUUUGUUGACAAAACUGUGAAUAUUGUUAUUUUUAUGGCUUUGAAGUCUAUUUUGUGUCUAUAGGACAUUCUUUUCACACUAUAUCCUCUCUUAUUUAAUGGUUACUUAAUCUAGUCCUUAGCAAUUGUUUUCGGACUCAGUAUCUUCUCUUUUCUUCUGUAUCAAAUGUUAGAUUCUUUUCCAUGAAAAGAAUUAUAUUUUGUAUAAGAGUGAUUUACACUCGCAUCUAGUUCUCAAACUUAUGACCGCUCAAUAAAAUCUGAUAGUUAUUAUAUUACAAUAAAUUCAUAGUAAUACUAAAAUUGUAAAGCUAAUUUUUGACAAUAAAACGCAGUAUACGCAAAAAAGCAGCACCCUUAGUACGAGUUUGCUUUUCGUUUAAAGUAAUCGAAAUGAGAUCACGUUCGGCGCUCUGAUUGGUUAGCUUAUUCGAGCCGGCCAAUCAGAGCGCCGUAAAGCAAACUUAUACUAAUGAUACUGAAUAUAAAAACGUGGCUCGACGGGCAAUACUUUUAUGAAUCUAAUUUCGUAAAAUUGAUCUCAGAUUUAUACAAUUAAUUCCCCCACUGCACGGAACGACCCGCGGGUAUACCAAAUUUACCACAUUGUAUAUUUAAUUAAUUAAUUUUUAUAAUAAUUAUUAUAUUUCUUUAAGAGCUUUGUGUUCCUCUGUAUCUUUGUAAAUGUAUCUUUUUAGUUGUAAGCCGGUAACUUCUGUAACUUGCAAGUUACCAUCAAAGUGAAGUGAAUUACCAAAAUGUGACGCCAUUUGUAAAAACUACCAACUGUCAAAUGAAAUGUCAAUUAAUGCUAACACAAAAAAUUGAAGUGUUAAGUUUUUAAAAAUCAGUGGAUUUUUAUAAAGAAAUGUGUACAAGCGGCAAUAAUGAAAUAAAUGUAGGAAGAUUUCUUUUAGUUAUUUAUAAAUAUCACAUUUUUAACUUCUGCAUGCAUUUCCUUCUAUGUAAUAAUAUAAAAUGUAAAUGAAUUGUAUUUUUGUAAAUAUAAAGUUAAGUUUUGUUACCUGUUAUCAUGUUGUUAAGGACAGUAGUUUCUGAAUGUGAAAUCGAUUUAGAGUGUUCCUAGUCCCUUUUAUCUGAUUUUUUAGCAUAUACUAUAACUGUGUACAUUUUUUUUAUGUUUACUCUAAAUAGAUUUCACUUAUAUAUGGUCGAUUACUGUAGGAUGCUGUUAUUUUUGAAAUUUUUUUUUGUUUUAUUUUUUAAUGUGUAAAUAUUUAGCUAUACAUAUAUUGGGUGUAUUAUUCGGUUUUGAUUUUUCGGUAUAUCUAACGCACGCAGACAGACAUAAUAAAUCCUGUUACACUAUGUUUCAUAAACUUCAUAUAAUUUUACAAACAAAUAAAUGUUACAUCUGACGGGUUAGUACGAGUUUAUUUUACGUUUAACGAGAUUGAAAUGAGAGCGCUUUCAGCGUUUUGAUUGGUUGAUUCAUUCGAGCCGGCCAAUCAGAGCCCCGAACGCGGUCUCGUUUCGUUUUCGCUCAACGUAAAGCAAACUCGUACUAAGGGUACUGUACUUUUUCUUUAAUAAAAACUGAACCAUAUCAAUGCAACCGGCAUAAUAUAUUGUUACAUACGUACAUACAUACAUACAAAGUGCGUUAGAUAUAUCUUCUCUUAGUUACUAUAGUUACAACAGUCGACGACAAAAAUCGAUAUCAAAACUCAAAUAUCGAAAACGAAAAAAAAAACAAUUAUUAUUCACAAAUACAUUAAAAUUUAAUAUAUUAUAUUUUAUUCGAUAUUGAAAGAAAUCGAUUUUUGUCAUCGAUUUUAAAUCGAUUUUUAUUAUUUUCUCGACCAUAGCAAAGAGACCAUGUCAAAUAAAUAAAUAAUAUUGCUUCCCUAAGGUGCCUUAUCUACUUUAUAGAUAUAAUAGGUGCAAGUAAAUAAAAUACUCCAUUAUGUAAUAAAUAUAUCAACUGUCUAUGUAAAUAUAAUGUAUGUGUAUAAAUAAAUGAAUAAAACGAAAUUAUUUUAUUACUGGA